CACCACCCGGUGCUCUCCCUUCUUCAAUACACCGCACGCUUCUCCACUCUCCGCUCGAACCGCAAUUGACCCCCUCAAUUGCUCGAGAGACGUCUCCUCACGCGCCCCCGCCCCGACCGCCGGACGCCCGCCUGCGCUCGCGCAAUUGGCCCCUCCCACGGCCAACCAAAGCUAUACUCGUGCUGCUGGGGUUGCAGUGAUACUAUCUCUGGGCCUCGAUAGCAGCUGAACCCCUCUCCCAAGGCUGGGGAAUAUUCCCCGUCCCCCAUCGUCAUCGCAGGAUUCUGGCCUUAAGCUGUCCGCACGUUUUCUAUCCCUUUCUUGACGGUCGCUUCCUCCCCUCCAAGUCCGCUUUUUUGUUUCUUCCGUCGCUUCCCCGUGCUCUGUCGCAAGCAGAUCGUUUAGCCGCGUCGAUCACCCACUUUCAGAACUCACCAUCGAGCACUGCCAAAAUGGACUUCAAUCACUAUGCCUCCGACUCUAAGAGGGGCAGCACCAUCAACCCCGCCGAUCUUCAUAACACCCUCUACAGUCCGACUUCCAUAUUCGACUCCUACGGUGCCCCCGAAGUUCCUAGUCUAUCCGAUCUCUCUGCCGUUGACUCGGCCGUCGACCUCACCUCAUUCGGAGAUCAGUGGACUUCCAACAUCAAGAUGGAACCUUUUGGCAACUAUGUCGACCUUAGAGAGUCGCCGCAAAUCUCCAAUACCGCGUCUCCCUCCAACGACAUGAUCUUCAGCAACGCCAACUCUCCAGGUGGUUUCGUUCGAGAUCAGAGCCAGACUAGUUCGCCAGAAACUACCAAUGACCUCGUCGGCCACGACAAUAAACCGCCUGUCUUGGACAUGGAAUCCCUAGAGUCGAUGUUUCCCACCCCAGAGGCAAUCCACAUAUCUCAAAAUGUGGACACACCACCUAACAUCACCCUGUGCCCAGACAAGACGAAAACCCGAGCAGAGACGCAGAUCAAAGUCCAAUUGACGGUGGAUCCGCUAGAUGCGAGGUUUCAGUACAUUCAUUUCCCGAGGAAAACACUCGCCAAACCCAAGCUUCUCGCGAGCGUUGAGGAGAAGCAGGAAAUUAAUUCCAAGGGAGAGUCCCUUCACAUGGACGUGUACCUUGUCUGCGCUACCGCAGUAGAUGAGCCAGAACGUCUUGAACAAGCCCUGCACCGCGCGCGUGGAGAGGAGCCUGUCCCUAGAAGACCAGCAGGUGUCCCAAUUGCCGAGCUUGACAAAGAAGACCCCGCGCAUCCUCAGAACGGCGGAGAAGUCCUAAUAUGUGAGGGAUGCAAGGAGCGUGAGCGAAAGCGCUACGACCGAAAGAAGAAGAGGGUAGAGGACGAGGACGAAUGGUGGUCCUAUGAGGGUGACAGGGUCAUUAUGAUCAACGAAAAGGAGUACAAGAAGUGGAAGGAUGUGGAUUCUGAAUCACAAUUCACUUCCGGCGCCAAGCAGGUCGAAUUUGCAAUGCGCAUAGCCUGCUAUUGUCGACACCAAGAAGAGAAGUCCCCAAUGGGAUAUCGCGUCAUCUUCACCUUCAAAGAUUCGCUGGGCUACUGCAUUGCACAGCACACCUCGGAAGUUUUCCAGAUCACUGACGACCACAAGAACAAGGAGAUUCCACCUGAAGCCAUGCCGCGUCCACUCAACAUCCCACAGCCCUACGUACAAACCCAGUAUCCUCAUGCCCAUAAUGUCGUUCCCAUUUAUCAGUAUCCUGUGGAGACCCAGUAUGCUCAGCCAGCUCCGAUGAACCCCUACUCGCAGCCCCCAACACCAAUCGCGUCGAACUUCCAGUCACCAAUAUCACCAAUGGAGGCCCAGUUCUCUCAGUCUACCACCCCCGCUGGUCCUUCCUCGAGACCCGUCUCGCAGACGUUCAACGCCUCAUCUUCGUUCCCUAUGCACGGACAGUUCGAACAAGCUGCACUGAGUCCAACAAACCAUGGAUUGCCAAUAGAAUCCUACCUGCCGCGUCCGGUGUCCAUGGACAAUUUCAACUUCUCUUCCUCGAUUCAGUAUCCCCAUCAAGGGUUCGCUUCGGCACCUCAAUCAGCAGUGAGCACACCCCUCAACCUCUCAAGGCCAGCGUCGCCAACCUGGGAACAAGGCCCGGCGCACAAGAAGAAGAUGAUGUGCGUAUACUUCUACGUUAAUGAUGAGUGACGUGGGGGCGCAGUAGUACGCCAGCCAGAGAAUGGCAUGAAAUUAUGAACUUGGAAUUGCAUUGGGUGGCGUUGGAGUCAGGGGAACUUUGGCCAGGCAUCCUACCUAUGGUACAUGCCUUGCACCCAGGAACUCGGAGGGAGGAUAUCAAUAAUUGUAUGGCAGUGCGCCUCUUUGUUUAUUCUUGUUGUAAUUGCUAGACGGUCGAACUAUAUCCUUAUCGCCUUGCUUGAGCAAAGCAAAUAGGAUGCAUACGUCCC